ACUGCCGUCGCGGGGCUGGGUUAUUCCUGUUCCUUUUGUCUGCAACCUAUUUAUCCACACAAAGCCUGCGAAGCAUCAUGACCCCCAACAGUGGCCCCUUGCAUCCAUAUUGGCCUCGGCACCUGAGGCUGGACAACUUUGUGCCUAAUGACCGCCCUACCUGGCAUAUCCUGGCUGGCCUCUUCUCUGUCUCAGGGGUCCUGGUUGUGAUCACAUGGCUGCUGUCAGCCCGGGCUGCUGUCGUGCCCCUGGGGACUUGGCGGCGACUAUCCCUGUGCUGGUUUGCAGUGUGUGCGUUCAUUCACUUGGUGAUUGAAGGCUGGUUCAGUCUCUAUCAUGAGAUUCUCCUUGGAGAUCAAGCCUUCUUAUCACAACUGUGGAAAGAAUAUGCCAAAGGAGACAGCCGAUACAUCCUGGGUGACAACUUUACCGUGUGCAUGGAGACCAUCACGGCUUUCCUGUGGGGACCACUCAGCAUAUGGGUAGUGAUUGCCUUUCUCCGCCAGCACCCACUCCGCUUCAUCCUCCAGCUUGUGGUGUCUGUGGGCCAGGUCUACGGGGACGUGCUGUACUUCCUGACGGAACACCGUGAUGGAUUCCAGCAUGGGGAGAUGGGCCACCCUCUCUACUUUUGGUUUUAUUUUGUCUUCCUCAAUGGCCUGUGGUUGGUGUUGCCCGGAUUCCUCGUGCUUGAUUCGGUGAAGCAUCUCAUGCGUGCUCAGAGCUCAUUGGACGCCAAGGCCACAAGAGCCAAGGGCAAGCAGAACUAGCCAGCCAUGGUCCCUAGCGUGUGAUGUGGGCUGAUGAGGUACUUGCUGGCCACCAGAAGAGUCUAAUCCUGCUCUCACAGGUUGGGAUGGACAGAGCUAAUGAAUCUCUCACACUCAGGCUGAUGGGUGGGUAUAGAAAGGACCAGAGACACGGAAGGUAUGGGCUACAGGGAGCUAUUGCCAGGAGCUUCUGGAGCAAACGUUCAAGAGAAAGAUAAGAGGCCUGUGACGGUGGCAGUUUUUAAAUCGGGAAAUAAAAUAUAUUCAUUCUAACACUGA